GCCGAGAAUGGUAACUUGUGUCGGAACAGAAGCCCUCACAUGAGUGGCAUGCUUCAUGGAGUUAUGCGCAUUGCUUUGCCCCCUCAACUGCUAUCAUGGAUUGCAAAACCUUAAUACUUUUCCUUUUCCUCUUCGCGUUCAUUUCCAGCGCAGAAUUCGUUAUCCAUCCGUCCAACGAAGUUAACCUGUUGGACUCCAAAGCAAGCCAAGGGGAGCUGGGCUGGAUAUCAUCCCCAUCCCACGGGUGGGAGGAAAUUAGCGGCGUGGAUGAACACUACACACCCAUCCGGACCUUCCAGGUGUGCAACGUGAUGGAAUACAGCCAGAACAACUGGUUGAGGACCAACUGGAUUCCUCGCAACUCUGCGCAGAAGAUCUAUGUGGAGCUCAAGUUUACCCUGAGAGACUGCAACAGUAUUCCCAUGGUCCUGACCUGCAAAGAGACGUUCAACUUGCACUACCUGGAGACUGAUGAAGACCAGGGAAGUAAGUUUCGCGAGCACCAGUUCUCCAAAAUAGACACCAUCGCCGCCGAUGAGAGCUUUACUCAGAUGGACCUGGGCGACCGUAUCUUGAAGUUAAACACAGAGGUCCGUGAAGUGGGGCCCAUGACUAAGAAGGGCUUUUACCUGGCUUUCCAGGACGUGGGAGCCUGCGUGGCCCUAGUUUCUGUGCGGGUCUACUUUAAAAAAUGCCCUUUCACGGUGAGGAACCUGGCUAUGUUUCCCGAUACGGUUCCCACGGACUCUCAGUCACUCGUGGAGGUUAGAGGCUCAUGCGUCAACAAUUCCAGAGAGGAGGAUCCGCCAAAAAUGUACUGCAGUACCGAGGGAGAGUGGCUGGUGCCUAUUGGGAAAUGUCUCUGCAACAUAGGAUACGAAGAACGGGGAGUCGCUUGCCAAGCCUGCCGGCCCGGCUUCUAUAAGGCCUCUUCGGGGAACGUCAAGUGCUCCAAGUGUCCUCCGCACAGCUACACACACCAGGAGGGAGCCGUACACUGCAGCUGCGAGAAAAACUACUUCCGUGCAGAGGAGGACCCCGUCUCCAUGGCCUGCUCACGGCCUCCAUCUGCCCCACGGAAUGUGAUCUCUGCCAUUAAUGAGACGUCAGUGAUUCUGGACUGGACCUGGCCGGCUGACAGCGGAGGGAGGAAGGACGUGAUAUUUAACGUGGUCUGUAAGCGUUGUUGGCCGGGUCCCAGGCAGUGUGAACCCUGUCGAGGGGCCGUGCGCUUCCUGCCCCGUGCCACCGGCCUCACUAACACCACAGUGACUGUGGUGGACCUCCUGGCGCACACUAACUACACCUUUGAGAUCGAAGCCCAAAAUGGAGUGUCCUCCCUGGCCCCCACGAUCCGACAGUAUGCUGCGGUCACCAUCACCACCAACCAAGCAGCUCCAUCUGCAGUGGCUGUCAUCAGGAAGGACCGAACAUCCAGAAACAGCAUCUCACUGUCAUGGAUGGAGCCUGAGAGACCCAAUGGGAUCAUUUUGGACUACGAGGUCAAAUAUUAUGAGAAGCAGGAGCAAGAGACGAGCUACACCAUCCUGAGGUCAAAGGGCACAAACGUUACACUAAACGGGCUAAAACCCGACACGACCUACCUGUUACAGAUCAGAGCGCGCACCGCGGCCGGAUACGGCGGCAGCAGUCGCAAGUUUGAGUUCGAGACCAGUCCAGACUCCUUUUCCAUCUCCAGUGAGAACAGUCAGGUGGUGCUGAUCGCUGUCUCCUUGGUGGCCAUCAUCCUCCUCACUGUAGUGCUCUACAUUGUGAUAAGCAGGCUCUGUAGAUAUAGCAAGUCCAAACAUCCAGAUGAGAAGAGGCUGCCCUUUGGCAACGGCCACUUGCGACUGCCUGGAAUCAAGACCUACGUGGACCCGCACACUUACGAAGACCCGAGUCAAGCCGUGCAUGAAUUCGCCAAGGAACUGGAAGCGUCCUGUAUCGCCAUCGACAAAGUGGUUGGGGCAGGGGAGUUUGGAGAGGUGUGCAGCGGCCGACUGAAGCUGCCGUCUAAGAAGGAGAUCUGCGUGGCCAUCAAGACACUCAAAGCCGGAUACACAGAGAAGCAAAGGCGGGACUUCCUCAGCGAAGCGAGCAUCAUGGGACAGUUCGACCACCCCAACAUCAUCAGGCUGGAGGGCGUGGUCACUCGCAGUAAGUAAACCGUGAUGAUAGUGACCGAGUACAUGGAGAACGGCUCUUUGGACGGCUUCCUGCAGUGAAAACACGACGCCCAGUUCACAGUGAUCCAGCUGGUCGGCAUGCUACGUGGCAUCGCAUCUGGUAUGAAGUAUCUGUCGGAUAUGGGUUACGUGCACAGAGAUUUGGCUGCUAGGAACAUCCUGGUCAACAGCAACCUGGUGUGUAAAGUGUCAGACUUCGGCUUGUCCAGAGUGCUGGAGGACGACCCCGAAGCAGCCUACACCACAAGAGGUGGCAAGAUUCCAAUCCGAUGGACUGCGCCGGAGGCCAUCGCCUACCGCAAGUUCACCUCGGCCAGUGACGUAUGGAGCUACGGGAUUGUCCUAUGGGAGGUCAUGUCUUACGGAGAAAGACCUUAUUGGGAGAUGUCCAAUCAGGACGUGAUAAAAGCGGUGGAUGAGGGCUAUCGUCUUCCGCCACCCAUGGAGUGCCCUGCCACGCUUUACCAGCUGAUGCUGGACUGCUGGCAGAAGGACCGAAACAACCGGCCGAAAUUUGAGCAGAUUGUCAGCAUCCUGGACAAGCUCAUCCGCAACCCCAGCAGUCUCAAAAUCACGGCCAGCACCACGUCCAGACCGGUGAAUCUGCUUCUGGACAGGACCAGCACUGACAUCACUUCCUUUCACACGAUGGGUGAUUGGCUGGAGAGUGCGAGGACGUUGCCCUGUAAAGAUGCAUUCAGUGGAGUCAGCUACAGCUCCUGUGAUACACUGGCCAAAACCUCAGCAGAGGACUUCAAGAAAGUCGGUGUGACGAUCGUUGGACCUCAGAAGAAGAUCGUGAGCAGCCUAACAACGCUUGAAACACACUCAAAGAACGGUCCAGUUCCUGUGUAAAAUUUAAAAAAUCGAGCGACGGAAAUGAAAGACACCUGAACCAGAUUGAUGCUGCUUUGGCUUUAACAGACAGGAAAUAGAUAUUCA